GUCAAAAAAAAAAAAGAGUAAAUUGCUGCAUAGGUGUGGCUUAAUCUUACUGGGGCCAUCACUGGUCCUAGGUUCUGUUAUCUUCUAUCCUAGAAACUAGGUUCCCCCAGGAGGAGUCAGGCUUUAGGAAUUUAUGUCACCCUAGCCAAACUCACAAGGACUAUUUGUAAACUAGAAUGUUUGUUUUUUCUCACAUAUGCAUUGAACACCUACUGAGUGUGUGUUUCCGUCCUAAUUUCUGGUGGAAGUCUCAAAAGGGGCUAAAGUCCCUUUAGAAGUUUGUGGGACAGAUAUGUAAAAUAAUGUUAUAUAUAGUAUGCUAAGUGUAGAAUGGCCUUACAUCCUGGUCUUCUGGAGACAGUCCUAGUUUAUGCCUGUAGUCUCUGUAUAACUAUUAAGAAUGCUCUCUUUCAAUUUCAGAUCUAAAGCUACAGGAAGAGUUAUUUAUGAAUGUUCGGGGUACAGAAAUGAUAGAAAGGAAGGAGAAUCAGCCUGCUUCCCCUGGGUAGACACCUGAGCUAAGUGGUGAAGGAUGUUUGGGCAUCGGAAGCCUGGGAACUUGGGGUGGGCUUGGGCGGGGGGAAAAGGUGUGUUCCAGGAAUGUACAAAGCUCCCCCUGCAGGCAAAGGGAGAAUGUUCCCAAAGCAGCAAGCAAUUGGUUCAAGCUAGGCACUGUUUCCCAAAUUUACCCUGUGAUAGCAGUUCCCGAGGACACUUGGUGAACACACAGAUUUCCAGACCCUGCUGGCAAUUUGGAUUUUUUUUUUUUAAGAAGGCUGGUGGAUGAUUCUUGGGCAUAUUAAAAGUUGACAACCAGUUCGCUACUGACUGGCUAGGAAUACAAAGGGACGGGCAUAGAGGGGAUGGGAACCGCAAGACUAGAGCGCAAGUCACUGAUCAGCCAGGCAGGGGUGACCUCAGGCAAGAAAGCCUUCAGAGGUAAAACCAGAUGGGAGUUAUUUACAGUAGAUCAUGAAAGAUAGGGAGUGCGGGAACUAUGUCAGUCACCACGGGGGAUGCAGAGGAAUGAAAAGAUGAGAGAACUAUUCAGGAGAAAGAACAGGACCUAGCUUAUGCCAGUUAGUGAUUUGCUGGGGUAAUAUUAUUUCCCAGCAACAGAACACUGUGUCAGACCCAGGAGCCUGGGGGACUGCAGAACCUGAAGAUUUGCUGGGUGAGCAUAAACCGCAAACUACAACAGUUGGAUAAGUGGUGUGAUAUAUUUCACAUGGACCUCCUGCCUAGUUUACUUCUUUAAAGUCGAUAGAACACUCAGGACAGUUUGUUUAUCUCUGGGAAGAAGCCAGGAUGAAUUCGAAAGCAUCCCGACACCCUACCCCUUUCUUUUCUCUAGACUUCAGGCUAAUUCCUGCCCUUCCCUUAUGAUAAAACUACCCUGCCAAGCCUUAUCGUGUAUUUUGCUCCUGUUUUUGUUAUCAAAUGUGUAAGACAGUCACGAUGAAUAUACAUACCAAUUGCUUUCAGAGGCAACAGUUAGUCUCUUGCAAGUUUCAACGUGCACAUUUUGGAGCUGCUGUCUCUGUGGGAACCUGCAGGGACCUCACAGAUGCACCACACUCGGAAAUUACAGUAGCACCAGAAAUACCUUAUCCAGGCAAGGAGAUCAUUAAACCUGGUGUUUGAGGCAAUCAAUUCACUUGGAAGAAGGUGCACUGGUGGUUUUGAGAGGAACAAUCCCUACAUGAAAUCCCUCCAUGGGAAAUGAAGAACAUCAGCUAUUUCCCAUUGCCUUCAAACCUAAAGAUGUCACCAGGCCUCUUGGCUUGUUACUGAAGCAGCAAACGAAGUCAGAAAUCAAAGACUUACAAGUCAUGAAAAGAAAAUCUAAAAAAGGAGAAUGGGGUCAGGCGCUGUGUCUCGGACCUGGAAUCCCAGCACUUUGGGAGGCAGAGGCGGGAGGAUCGCUUGAGGCCAAGAAUUCAAGACCAGCGUGGGCAACAUAUCGAGACCCCAUCUGUAUUUUAAAUAAAAUAAGUAAGGAGAAUGGGAAACCCAUCCGGCUGUAAUCUCACAGGAUAAUUUAGCACCCUUUCCCCAAGACAAGACCUGGGCACUUAGGAAGCCUCCACGAGUGCGGUUUGGGGAGGAGGAGGGCAUCUUAAAUUCCAGUCCUGGCCCACUCUGGUGGCUUUGCCGAGGGAUUUCCAAAUCCCGGGAAUGCCAGGGAUGGAGAUGAACGAGCUCAAAUCUCCCACGCUGCCAGUGUUGAGGGGAAAACAGCAGUCCAUAGCGGCCGUGAAGUUUUGUAGUUUUUUGUUGUUGUUGUUUUAACAAGGGAUUUUACUUGUGUACGGUCCAAUAUCACCGUCGCCGUGAAGUUACAGUGGCAAGAUGAAAACAUUUAGAAAAUUGCAAAAAGGAAUAAGGAAAGAGGAAGAGCGUGGCGUGCCCCAACUCAGAAAACGGUCCUUCUCAGCUCGAACUCCGGCGGAGCCGUGGGGGGCGCCAGGGUCCCGGGGCGCAGCCGUGAAGUCCCCGCCCGCACUCGGGGCGCCACAAGAGUGACGCCGCGGUGGGGGGAUCCGGCGGGCGCGCCGCCGACUUCAAAGCCCCGGCGCCGCCGCCGCCCCCGCGCGCGCGCGCGAAUAGUACGGUCCGAGGGGGCGGCUCCUGGGGCGCGGCUCCGGCGGCAGCUGAUGAGCGCCCCGCCGGCCCGGAGGCGGGAGUCCGCGAGCGCGGAGCGGGAGCCGCCGAGGCCAAGCCUCCGGGCGCCGCGGGCCGGGUACCUGAGGAGGCCCCCAGCACGGGCGUUUUCCCGGCGAAGGGAGCCCGGCGCGGGGCUCGCCGCGGCCGCACCGUGUGGGGAGGAGGCCGAGGAAGACGCGGCGCCGGUCGCCGGCGGGAGGAAGCGCUCCACCAGGGCCCCCGACGGCGCUCGUUUAACCACAUCCGCGCCUCCGCUGGAAACGUUUGCUGGCGCCUGUCACCGGUUCCCUCCAUUUUGAAAGAGAAAAAGGCUCUCCCCACCCCUUCCCCUGCCCCUAGGAGCUGGAGCUGUAGGAGCCGCGCUCAUGGCGUUCAGCCCGUGGCAGAUCCUGUCCCCAGUGCAGUGGGCGAAAUGGACGUGGUCUGCGGUUCGCGGCGGGGCCGCCGGCGAGGACGAGGCCGGCGGGCCCGAGGGCGAUCCGGAGGAGGAGGACUCGCAAGCCGAGACCAAAUCUUUGAGUUUCAGCUCGGAUUCUGAAGGUAAUUUUGAGACUCCUGAAGCUGAAACCCCGAUCCGAUCACCUCUCAAAGAGUCCUGUGAUCCAUCACUCGGAUUGGUGGGAUCUGGGACCAAAAGCCAAGAAUCACAAGAAGCUGAUGAACAGCUUGUAGCAGAAGUGGUUGAAAAGUGUUCAUCUGAGACUUGUUUUAAACCUUCAGAAAAUAAGGUGCAACAGCAGGCUGUUGAUUCUCACUCACUCAAGAAUUUCAAAGAAGAACCUGAACAUGAUUUUAGCAAAAUUUCCAUCGUGAGGCCAUUUUCAAUAGAAACGAAGGAUACCACAGAUAUCUCGGCAGCCCUCGGAACAAAAGCAGCUCAUGGCUUUGUAACUGCAGUCUCAGGCAAGGCUCUGCCUUUCAGCCCAUCAGGCACCCUCCAGGACGAGGCAAUGAUAGAAGGCAGUAUGGGGGUCACCCUCGAGGCCUCCACAGAAGCUGAUCUAAAAGCUGGAAACUCCUGUCCAGAGCCUGUGCCCAGCAGAAGAAGCAAGCUGAGAAAGCCCAAGCCCGUCCCUCUGAGGAAGAAAGCAAUUGGAGGAGAGUUCUCAGAUGCUGAUGCUGCUGUGGAGGGCACACCUCUCCCCAAGGCAUCCUACCACUUCAGUCCUGAAGAGCUGGAUGAGAACACAAGUUCUUUGCUACGAGGUGCCAGGUUCCAGAAGUCCCCCCCUGACCUUAAGGAAACUCCCAGCACUCUCGGUAGUGACACCAACGACUCAGGGGUUGAGCUGGGGGAGGAAUUGAGGAGCUUACCUCUCAAGCUUGAGUUUGAUUUCACAGAAGAUGUGGGAAAUGCAGAGGCCAGGAAAGCCCUUCCAAGGAAACCUGGCAGGAAACCGGGUAGCAAACUGACUCCCAAGAUACAAAAAGAUGGCAUCAGUAAGUCAGCAGGUGUAGAACAGACUACAGACCCAGUGGCACGAGACGGGCCUCUUUCCCAAGCAUCUUCCAAGCUAGAUCCUAGUCAGUGGGAUAACCCCAGCUUCAACCGCUUUGGGAGCCACUCCAUUCUGCAGAACUCCCCACCCCUUUCUUCUGAGGGCUCUUAUCACUUUGACCCAGAUAACUCUGACGAAUCCAUGGAUCCCUUUAAACCAACUACGACCUUAACAAGCAGUGACUUUUGUUCUCCCACUGGUAAUCAUGUUAAUGAAAUCUUAGAGUCACCCAAGAAGGCAAAGUCGCGUUUAAUAACGACUACUGAACAAGUGAAAUUUCUCUGUUUUCUGUUGAGUGGCUGUAAGGUGAAGAAGCAUGAAACUCAGUCUCUUGCUCUGGAUGCGUGUUCUCAGGAUGGAGGGGCAGUGAUCUCCGAGAUUUCAGACAUUUCUAAUAGGGAUGGCCAUGCUACCGAUGAGGAGAAACUGGCAUCCACGUCAUGUGGUCAGAAAUCAGCUGGGGCCGAGGUGAAAGGUGAGCCAGAGGAAGACCUGGAGUACUUUGAAUGUUCCAAUGUUCCCGUGUCUACCAUAAAUCAUGCGUUUUCAUCCUCAGAAGCAGGGAUAGAGAAGGAGACGUGUCAGAAGAUGGAAGAAGACGGGUCUGCCGUGCUUGGGCUGCUGGAGUCCUCUGCGGAGAAGGCCUCUGUGUCAGUGUCCUGUGGAAGUGAGAGCCCCCUGGAUGGGAUCUGCCUCAGCGAAUCAGAUAAGACAGCUGUGCUCACCUUAAUAAGAGAGGAGAUAAUCACUAAAGAGAUUGAAGCAAAUGAAUGGAAGAAGAAAUAUGAAGAGACUCGGCAAGAGGUCUUGGAGAUGAGGAAAAUUGUAGCUGAAUAUGAAAAGACUAUUGCUCAAAUGAUUGAAGAUGAACAGAGGACAAGUAUGACCUCUCAGAAAAGCUUCCAGCAACUGACCAUGGAGAAGGAACAGGCCCUGGCCGACCUUAACUCUGUGGAAAGGUCCCUUUCUGAUCUCUUCAGGAGAUACGAGAACCUGAAGGGCGUUCUGGAAGGGUUCAAGAAGAAUGAAGAAGCCUUGAAGAAAUGUGCUCAGGAUUACUUAGCCAGAGUUAAACAAGAAGAGCAGCGAUACCAGGCCCUGAAAAUCCAUGCAGAAGAAAAACUGGACAAAGCCAAUGAAGAGAUUGCUCAGGUUCGAACAAAAGCAAAGGCUGAGAGUGCAGCUCUCCACGCUGGACUCCGGAAAGAACAGAUGAAGGUGGAGUCCCUGGAACGGGCCCUGCAGCAGAAGAAUCAAGAAAUUGAAGAACUGACAAAAAUCUGUGAUGAGCUGAUUGCAAAGCUGGGAAAGACAGACUGAGACUCCCUCUGUUAGCUCAGCAGAUCUGCAUUUGGCUGCUUCUCUUGUGACCACAAUUAUCUUGCCUUAUCCAGGAAAAAUUGCCCCUUUGCAGAGAAAAAAAAAAAAAAAAGCACAUGCCUACUGCUGCCUGUCUCGCUUUGCUGCCAAUGCAACGGCCCUGGAAGAAACCCUAGAGGGUUGCCUAGUCUAGAAACGAGUGUGACCUGACAGUGCUGGAGUCUCCCAGUUCACUGUACGAAGGUUCCCUUAGGCUGCUGAGUUUGGGUUUGUGAUUUCUUUAUGUUUAGUUUGUUUUAAAGUCAUCUUUACUUUCCCAAGUGUGUUAAAUUUGCAGCUUUGUGGAUCCUCUUUGGGUCUUCUCCACCACCUGUCUGAUUUUUUUGUUACCUAUUUAAUCUUUUAAUUUUUUUAAUAUCAGUGGUUUUAUUUAAGGAGAUAAUUUGGCCUAAUGUUACUUCCAGUUUAUAAACAAGAAGGGGCUCUGGGUGCCCUUUUAUUACACACACUCUCACACACAUACUUGUAUAUUUAUAGAUGCUGCUGCUCUUUUCUCUGAAGCAUAGUCAAGUAAGAACUUCUCUACAGAAGAACAUAUUUCCUUAGAUGUAAGACCCUGUUUUGAAGUAGAGUCCUGACUCAGAACGCUAACUUAAGAAUUUGGGGGAUUAAAGAUGCGAAGACCGCAGACUUGGGUUUUCACAUCUGGAGAAGACUAUUUGCCCUGGUAUUCAGGCACUCCUCAGCUUUAAUGGGUGUGGCCCUUUGGGGCUAGUCCUUAGACUGGAGGUAGUGUCCGCAAUAUGGAAGUUCCUCCAAGCUAGGAUUUGGCAAAUCUGCCCUAGAGUCAUUUACUCUCCUCUGCCUCUGUUUGUUGAUACAAAAUCAACAUUUAGUCUUCAUUAUAUUUCUCUUUUUUUUGAGACUGAGUUUAGAUCUUUCUAUUUUAAAUAUGUGAAGAAAAUCUCCUUGUAAAAGGCUUAGUUCUUGUUUAAUUAAAAGGUAACUGUAGCACCAUUACCAAUUAUAAGGUGAAGAAAUGGAUUUUUUCUUCCCCGAGUGUGAUGCAUUGCUCUUCAGAGGUUGAAAAGAAAAAAAGCAAAAAAUACCUUCUAACUUAAGACAGAAUUUUUAACAAAAUGAGCAGUAAAAGUCAAGUGAAACACUCCAAAAAUCAGUAUGUUUUGAUAUUUUUAAACAAAAUUUGAAUAAUGGGAAGAGGAGUUCAAGGAGAAGGUCUGUACUAACAAAGGCAAAUUCCUCAAGUUCUUACUGGACUCAGUUCAGAGUGAUGGGCCAUUAGCCCCAGCAUGGAUUUUUCCAUGUAAAUCCCAGUGAAUUCCCUUUUAUUUGAAUAGGCAAACCCAUAUACAUUCAAGUGUUUUAAAGCACUCUCCUAUCUUAAUCUUAUACCCUGAAAGUCUUCAUGGUGAUAUGCACUAUAUUCCGUAUAUGUAUGCUUUCCUACUUUUCUCGUAAAACUGUUGCAUGAUCCAACUUCAGCAAUGAAUUGUGCCUAGUGGAGAACCUCUAUAGAUCUUAAAAAAUUAAUUUUUCUUUAGCAGUGUAUUACUUAUAUGGGUGCAACCUUUAGCCCCAGGGAGGUCAAUAAUGUCUUUUAAAGCCAGAAGUCACGUUUUACCAAUAUGCAUUUAUCAUAAUUGGUGCUUAGGCUAUAUUUUCAAGCCUAUUAUCUUAACAUUUUAUAUAAAAAAGUACAACAGAAAUUAUCUGUCGUUUGAGAAGUGGUUUGACAAUCAUUUGGGCGUUGAAAGCAGUCACUGUGGUGUAAUAUGAAUGCUGUCCUAGUGGUCAUAGUACCAAGAGCACGUGUUGCCUUGGUAUAACUGCUUUCCUCUUCAGUCCUCUACAACUAAAGAAGUUAAUUUUGCAUUUUGCAGAAAGAAACAUUGAUUGCUAAAUCUUUUUGCUGCUCUGUUUUGGUGUUUUCAUGUUUACUUGUUUUAUAUUGAUCUGUUUUAAGUAUGAAAGCGUUAUAGUGGCCUCCACUAUAAAUUUCAUAGUCAUCUUUUUAAGCUUAUUGGUUUAAGAAAGUAGCUAUGUGUUAAACAGAGAUGACGGCAGUCCUUCCCUAGCACACUGGUGGAGGGGCCCCAUAAGAACCUGACCCCAGUGAAUGAGGCUGAUGCACAGGGAGACAGGGAGCACCAAAGGACCCUCGUUAAGUGAUCCUUGUCCUGGCCUCUCAGCCAUGACUGUUACGAGCAAAUAUCCCCCAUUCUAACUUAACGGAUGCCUCCUCUCCAAAGAGAACUAAAAUGUAGCUUGUACAGAUCAUGAGAAUAUAUUGGGCAGAAUGAAGUAUGUUUGUUUAUUUUUCUUUAAAAAUAAAAAAAAAAGUUUUAAAACUCUGGAGAGUAAGAAUAUAGUAUAGAAUUUGCCUCAACACAGAUGAGAGCCAAAUAACGUACUAUACAGGCAAUAAUAAACCCUGUUACAGAAGAGAAAAAGGGCCGGGCACAGUGGCUUACUCCCGUAAUCCCAACACUGUGGAAGGCUGAGGCAGGAGGAUUGCUUAAGUCCAGGGGUUUGAGACCUGCCUGGGCAACAUGGUGAACCCACGUCUCUACCAAAAAUAUAAAAAUUAGCUGGGCGUGGUGGCACAUGCCUGUGGUCCCAACUAGUUGGGAGGCUGAGGUGGGAGGAUCGCUUGAGCCUGGGAAGUCAAGGCUGCAGUGAGCCAUGAAUGUCACUGUACUCCAACCUGACAGACAGCAAGAUCCUGUCUCAAAAAAAAAAAAAAAAGAAAGAAAGUAGAAGGCAGCUGCGGCUUAGAUGGUGAUUUGGGAAUAUUAGGUGAUCCUGUUGAGCUUCUGGAUCCAAAGCCAUUUCUUUAGCUUUUGACUUUACCAAAGUGUAGGUAGUCUUUAUCCAGCAGUAUUUUAAUUGGGGAAUGCAACGUGAGGAGGCCGACUGAACAAUUUCCCUAGAGGCUGCUGAGGUAGUCACAGUCAGAGCUCCCGAGGUUGGAGAAUCUCCUUUCAGCCGCCUACCCAAACCUUUUGUUCUGUAAAACUGCUCUGGAAAUACUGGGAAGCCCAGUUUUAUCAUGCAGUUUCUAGCUUCUUCAGACUUAGCCCAAAUUAGGAAGUGCAGAAGCACAUGAUGGUGAAAAACCAAAGAUUUGGCAGCCUUCCCGAAUGGUAUGGAAUCUAAGGGAAGAUUUAUGUUUCGUUUUGGAGGAUAGCUCAAGUUGAAUUUGCUUUCCAGACAGUUACCCUUUUCAACCUACCCAUACUUUGUACAACUCUCACACAAAUACUUAGAUAUUUAUUAGACAGCCCUGAGUUUGUUCUAAUUAUAAACAGGGAGAGUAAACUGCCCCCAAAUGUUCCUCGGCUGGCUAAAAGCAGCCGGAGUGAAGCACUCAUUUUCCAUAAAGUUGACAAAGGGCUCAAUGGUCACUGUAAGCUCAAAAGCGGUUUUUAAGAGCAAGCUUUGGUAGUAGGUCUGUGUACACUGAGUUGGAAGUGAUUCAGCACAUUCUUUUUUAGUGGAGUAGAAAUUCUAAAGCCCCCUUUUAACUUCUUUUGGUUUUUCAUUACAAUUGGUAGCCACCUCAUGAACUGUCUCUGACUGUUGUCCCUUUGAAGUCAUGUGACUGUGAGCUUGCUCUCUGACUUGCAUUUCUGACUUUAUCCUGUUGGGAAGAUAGAAACUUGGUGUUGAAAGAUUACAUGAUUCAAGCAAGGGAUUUUAUAUAUUCUGAAGAAUCUAAAUGAAAACAGAUUAUUAUUUGCUUAUGAAAGAACAAUAUAGUCUGGGAAUCCCAGAAUGUCAAGCCAAAGGUCUAAGAAGUCAUAUCUUCUUCAAAUACUUUAAUAAAGAAGUAUUUCAAGGAGAUAUCUGUCCAAAAAGGUUUGACUAGCCUCCCGAUUCCAGUUAUUUUUAAAAAGCAAUUUACCACUAAAUCCUGAGUCUCCAUAGAGUAAAGGUAAAGAGACCAGUAUAACAGACUCUCCUCUCGAAGGAUCUCUGGAAGAGAAUAGCAGCAGCAGCAUUCUCCAGGGAAGACCCACCCCCUAGUGCCAGAGCUUGUAUCCUGGAGACUAAAGAUUGCACUUUCCGUCAUUUUUUGUCCAAAUGCAAUCCCAUUUCUGUGCCUCUUAGCAUGCAGUUAGAUUUGGACAAACAAGAUUCCUAAGGAAUGACUUUAUUAACUAUAAUAUGGUUACAGCUAUUAUAUAAAUAUAUAUUCUGGUUAUAGUUCUAAUAUGGAGAUGUUGCGUGCAAUGCUGGCCUGUGGCGGUCUGUGUAAUGCUUUAACUUGUAUGGAGGAGGCCAGGCUCAGAGCUGAGAUGUGGUCUGAACCUUCCCUGUAUCGAUCCUUUAUUUUAGAACUGUCAGGAUGCUACUUCCUCCCCCUCCUGUCUUUUAGUGGUAUCUGAAAUAUACUCAAAACAGUAAUUUCUUGGUCACAUCAUUAACUGCUAAUUUUGUAUUUAUGAAGAAUUUUGAAAUGGACAUGUACAAAUUUGAACUCUGAAAGCAUCCUCAGUCCAGAUACAGGGCAGCAUGUGGGUGACCACACCACAGCCUCAGCCUCGGUCCUUCUCAGCCGUCGGGAUAAGAUCCAGGCAUUUCUUUUAAAUCUGAGGUAGCAGUAAACUUUUCAGUAUUGCUGUUAGCAAGUGUGUGUUUGCCAGUAGAUACUCAUUAUACUAAUGUGCCAAGUAAAUGUUCAUUGCACAUCUGCUUCCACUGUGUCCCCACGGGUGCCAUGAAGUGUGUGAGGAGCCCCUCAUCUGGAGGGAUGAGCGCUGCAUUGACUACUGCUAUCAGGAUUGUGUUGUGUGGAAUAUUCAUCUACAUAAAUUUUAUAUGCACAGUAAUUUCCCUUUUUAUAUGUCAAGUAACUAUUUGUAAAAGUUAUACUCACAAAUUAUUAUAAUGAUUACUAAUAUAUUUUUUCCAUGUUUCAUUGCCUGAAUAAAAACUGUUUACCACUGUUAAA